UAGAUUUAGAAAGUAUCGUUUCGAAUGAAGAGUUUUCCACUAUUUUAAAGAAAGAAGGCAAAGUUAGACCUAUUUGGAUUCUUCUUGUUGAUGGUAGACCUGAUAAAAAUCCGAAGCAUAUGAAAAAUAUUAUUCAAUAUGCUCACCUUUUCUGUGCUCUUGAUCUGGACUACUUGACGAUUCGUACUCAUGCUCUAGUUCAAAGUGUGUAUAAUCCGAUCAAACACAGUAUAGCUUCUUUGUCUGCAAAACUUGCUAGUAUCACUAUACCUGUGGGGGAAUUCGGAUCACAUCUAAAUAGUCAAGAGAAAGUAGUAGAUGAAGUGUUAGCACAACGGAAUUUCGAAUAUUCGGGAAAAAAACUAUGUGAUAUAUGGAAAAGGGAUGACAUACAUGGGAAACCUGUGAUGGUGGAAUAUGUUGACCAGGAGAGACAUCCAUUCAAUGAUCCUAAGCCUUCAAUAUC